AUGUCUUGGUCGCGAAAAGCUUGUGCAUGGAGCCAAUUCGGGAUUUCAUUGAGUAGAAUUGGUCCUCCGCGCGGCACGGUCCGUUGGCUGCUGCUGCUGGUGCUUGCCGUUCAAAAUGCCUCUCGCCUCUCCUCUGCCGACGCUCGCGACGAUGCCGCGGCGGUAGCGGGAGGGGCAGCGGCGGAGGGCGCUACACGAGUUAGUGGGUGUGAAGCUGGGGAGGCUACUAUGGACGAUGCCGCCGCGGGAUAUCCCGAUGCGCGCAUGUGCAAAGCCGCUGCAACCGACUCGAGCGCGCACCCAGUGGACACUGUUAGAGAUGGUGAACCAAAGUCGGCAGCGUCCUUCCCGGCUGCACACAAGCAGACCGCUUCCGCCGGUACCUGCGCCGGGGAAUGCGGCAGCACCGCUGCUGCCAGCGACCGUACCGAAGAAGCAGCAGGCGACAGCGACGCCUGCGUGUCUGCUUCAACCCGUACUGUGGCGGCAUUGAACUCGUCGCUAACCUCGACUGCGUCGCCCGAGGGUUCGAGCGCGGCGGAGUUGGUGCUUUCCGCCGUCAAUGCCGUGCGCGCAGCAGUGGAGGCGGAACGCCUUGCGCUCGCGCGCCUGCAGGAAACCGUGGCGGGGCAGAGCGCGCGCUUGGAGCGCAUGGAGCGGCUUCUGGCGGAGCUUGCGGGGAGACGGGCGGAAGGCGCACGGCCAGGGGACUGGGGUUUGGGCGCAGAGAGAUGGCUGGGCGCGAGUGGGGGGGGAAUUGGUGGAUCAAGGCCAGAGGAGGGGAACAUUGGCGGAGGUGAUGCCGAAAGGGGCGGAAUGGGCGGAGUGAAAGACGCUGUGCCCUUGGGAAGCAUGGGGGGAAGCGCGGAGGGAGAGCGCAUGUGGAGGACAGCGGAAGGAGUGGGUGGCGCGGAAUGGCGAGGAAGGGAAGCGGGGGAGGAGCGAGCGGGCGUGGGGACGGAGAGGUGGAGUGAGCCGCUGACGUGGACUGGUAGCUUGGAGCUGGUGGGAACAGCGGCCAUGGGCGCUCGUGUCACUGCUCUGCUGCUUCUCCCGUUGGACCUGUCAUCUCCUACGGGCGGGCGGCUGGUGGCAGUGGGGGACAUGGCGGGCCAUGUGCGCGUGUUCUCCUCCCAGGGCCACCUGCUGCUGCACCUGCACCCGCCCUCGCUGCACUCCCACGAGCAUGCACACGCGCAUGACCAUGGGGGGCGAGGAGGCGGAGGAGGAGCACGUGGAGGAGGGGGAGGGGGAGGGGGGAGGGGAGGGGAGUGGGCGGUGACGGCGCUGGUGGCGGCAGCAGUGAAGCGCAACGAGACGUGGCUGGCAACAGGGCAUGCGGACGGGUCUGUGUACCUUGUGCGUGUGCCCGAGCUGCAGGCCCGAGGCCGCUCUGCUGCCGCCCCUGCCACCACCACCACCGCUGCUUCUGCUUCUGCUGCUGCGGCGGCGGCGGCGGCUGCGGGGGAGCACGGGGAGGUGUUGCAGGGCGGUAUGCUGGCGUCGUAUGCGGUGCCCGUGGUGGAGCUGCUCCCUGCUGGCGCCCUUCACGCCCUGACUGCUGCCGCCGCUGCUGCUGCUGCUGCUGUGGGACAGACGGCAGGUGCAGCAAGCGAUGCACAAACCGAGCAGCAGCAGCAGCAGCAGCAGCAGCAGCAGCAGCAGCAGCAGCAGCAGCAGCAGCAGCAGCAGCAGCAGCAGCAGCAGCAGCAGCAGCAGCAGCAGCAGCAGCAGCAGCAGCAGCAGCAGCAGCAGCAGCAGCAGCAUCAGCAGCAGCAGCAGCAGGCGGGGUGGAGGGUGCCGUGGAGAGCAGUGACGUGUCUGGAGGUGCACAAGUCAGGGUCGUCGCGGUACAUACUGGUGGGCAGUGCAGGGGGCGUCAUUGCUGUGCUGCGAUCCAAUGGCUCCAUCUACGGCCAUGCCACCAUGCUGCCCGUGCAGCAAGGUCUGCAGCAUGAAGGCAGAGCAGGGGAGGCCCGGUCGAAGCAGAGAGGCGGAGAGGCCGCUGAGGCUGCAGCUGCAGCUGCUGCUGAUGCUGCAGGUGCGGAUGCGAAAGCACAAGAAAAGGGUUCAGGGAAGGGUCCGAACUCGGGUGAAGCCAUUGUUCCUGCUCCUGCUGCUGCUGCUGCCGCGGCUGCUGCUGCUGCCGCUGUCGGUCGGCCCAGUGUCCCCUUGGCGUUCAUCCGCACGCCCUCCUCCCAGCGGGUGCUCUUCCUGACAUCAGCAGGAGCAGCGUCCGUGGACCUGCUCUCGCUCACCAUGCACCCCGCCACGUGCCACGGGCUCAAUGGCUCCACACUCGCUGCCUUCUCCUUUGACCCGGCCAGCCGCUCUCGCGCGUACGCGGUGACGACAGAGGGCGAGCUGGUGCUGGUGACGAUUACAGGGGAUACUAAUUGGUUUGACUGCCGCGUGCGCUGGAGAGUACCUGCGCUGCAGUCCAUUAAGCCUGCUGCUGUUCCUACUGCUGCUGCUGCUGCUGCUGCUGCUUCUGGGGUCGGUGUUGAUGCUUUUGCUGAUGGCACUGGUGACGGGGCUGAAAGUGCUUCUCCUCCUGCCGCUGUUGCUGCCGGUGCUGAUGGUGGGCGGGGAGAGGUGGGGGAUGUGGUGGGCGUGGGGCAGGGCAAGGUGGCAGCGGUGCAUGGGUAUGUGUUUGUGGCAGGGGCUGGCUCGCUGCUCAUCUUCAAUGUCUCCGGUCAGGUGGGUCAUCCGCCAUUCCGCUUCGUCUCCCCCCGCUCCAAGCCAUGGGCACCAACCCUCAUCCUCACUAUCCCGCUUUCCUCCGCACUCGCCGCACUCCCGCCACACCUCCCCUCCCUCCCGCCAUCCCUCCUCUCCGCCCUCGCCUCCGCCACCCUCCCUCCACCUCUCAUCGCCUCCAACAAGGAGUCCCUCCUCGCGGUGGCCUUCUCAGCCCACAACGUCGCCAUCUACCGCUCCCGCCUGCCCGUCUCCUCCGCACGCUCGCGCCGCUCCUCCUCCUUCCUCUCCACGCCCAUCCUGCUCAUCUUCAUCUUCCUCUGUGCCGCCUGGCAGUUUGGUCGCAGAGCCCACGUGGGUUCCUCUGCUGGCGGUGAAGCAUUGGGUAAUUCGGUUCCAGGCGAUUCAGACCCUCUUGGUGUUGCUCCGCAUGCUCUUGGAACAGGGUUGGGGAUACGCGGGCUGGAAAUGGACGAGUCAGGUUUUGCCGGUGGGGGUUCUGGUGCGGGUGGGAGUGGGAGCGGUGGUGGUGGGAGUGGGAGUGCAGGGAGAUUAGCAGCUGGUUUAGGGUUGCUCAUGAGCAGGCGAACAGGUGGGGGUGGAGAUGGGGAGGAGAUGUGGGGAAUGCAGAUGGGCGGAAGAGGAGAAGGAGGAGGCGGAGGAGGAGCAGGGGCAGGUGGGGAUGGGGAGGUUGCGAGGGCAAACGUGGGGGGAAGGAGGCCCGAAGAAGGACCAGCAGGGCUGAGAAUUCAUGGCAUGAGAUCAAGUGGUGGGGAUGGAUUCAGGGGCCUGUCAGAUGGGGGAGGGAGCGGAGGGGUGGCGGAGGGUGUUGGUGGGUUGCAGAGGGGGGGUGGGGAAAGACCGGGAGGAGGGAUGGGGGAGAGUGGAGGAGGGGACACGAUGCGAGAGAGUAGGUUGGGUUUUGAUCGCAUGGGUCAGGCGAGAGGCAUGGCAGCAGCAGGAGUGAGGGGCGCGAGCAGGCUGGGGCUGGGGACGGGGGAAGGAGAGGACUCCCGUUCUGCUGCAGGCACUGCUGGAGCAGCAGCAGCAGCCGCAGCCGCUGCCGCAGGUGUUGGUGGCGGUGGCGCUGCUGGUCUAGCUGGUGGUGGCGGUGGUCUAGAGGGAGCGAGCAGGCAGGCAUGGCUGGAUGCGAGUGAUGGUGGCGGUGGGCUGGUGAGCAGCCGCAACAGCGACUGGGCUCCAAUAGGCAGGAUGAGAGCAUCGGAAAUGCGAGCAGCAGAGCGCUACCCCGCAUCGCACCUCAUGGGUGGCCGGCCAGCUCCCAUGUCGGGCCGUGUGGUGGGGCACCCAGGCCCACGGCCCGAGUACCGAGGCAGGGAGACGUAUCCCCCGUCUGGUCGCAGGGAUCCUUUCUAUGCCCGCCGCGCGUUCCAGCCUGGUUGA